UUUCAGACCCCAACCUCCGAAACAUCAUGUUCCCAAGAAGAUAAAUUAAUCGAAUAUUCAAAUAAUGAAGUCAAAAAAUAAGUGGAAUAUUCUAAUAUUCUCUCUAAUAUUCCUAAUAUUCCCAACAUUUUGUCAGUGCCUAACCAAGUUCACUGUACCCGAAUCCGCUCAAAUUGGUACUCGAAUUGGAUGGAUUUCUGGAAAACGGGAAGAAUCGGCGGCUCCCAAGUAUUUUGUGGUUUUUCCCGAUGAGCAGACUUCUAAGUUCCUGAAAGUCGACGAGCGAAGUGGUGAAAUUUCAACAAUUGCACAUUUGGAUUAUGAAAAACGAUCGAAAUUCGACAUAGUUGCUGUGAAAGUUGAAGAAUCCGGAGAAACGAUCGAUAUUCUUGUGGAAGUUGACGACGAGAAUGAUAAUGCGCCAAGUUUUGCGGAUCAGGUGGUAAAGCUAGAAAUCUCCGAAUUCGCCCAACUGGGCACCUCUUUUGCCCUGCCAACAGUGACUGAUGGGGAUGGUCCGAAAUUUGAUGUGCACCGAUUUGUGAUUCUUCAGGGAAAUGUUAAUAAUGUGUUCAAGUUAGCAUCUCGAAAAGUGAACGAACAGCUGCAAGCUGAUCUAGUGGUCAAUGGGCAGUUGGAUCGAGAGUUUCGGGAUAAAUAUGAGCUUUUGAUUGAGGCUCAAGAUGGUGGGAAACCGGCAAAAAUCGGCCAACUCCGCUGCUCAAUUGAAAUAAUCGACGCAAACGAUAAUGCUCCGGUAUUCUCAAGAAGCCGGUACACGGCAUCAGUCUCCGCGAAUAUCUCAAUAGGAUCCCAUCUUAUCACAGUCCAGGCCACCGACGCAGACAUCGGCGAGAACUCCAGAAUUUCCUAUGAUAUCAAAAAGACAUCUGCCCCUUCUAAUUCAAACUUUGCAAUUUCUCAAUCCGGAGUGAUCACAACUACUGCUUCACUUCUCCCGGCUUCUACACAUGACGUCAUCGUUGUUGCUUCAGAUCACGGGAGCCCUAGUUUGAGCUCUUCGGCCGUUGUGACUAUUACUGUGUUGGGAAGCACUCUGUCAUCCCCGCCACUGGAUAUUAUUUGGCUAGUGGAGUCGAAUUCCGCUCAUCUAAUGGAAAACUCAACGUUAGGAUCCAUCGUUGCCAGAGUGAGCAUUGCUCAACAAUACCGUGACACAAAGCUCCGGCUCAUUGGCUCAUCAGCUCUCUGUCCCCAACAGACAGAUCAAGCUCAUGUCUACUUGCUCCUGCUCUGUGGGAUUCUGGACAGAGAGACGGCUUCGGAGCACCAUUUGAAGUUUCUACUCGAAAAAGACGGGCAGAUUAUAAUAGAGCACCCGCAGUUGCUCACAAUCGGUGAUAUCAAUGAUAACGCCCCGCAAUGGCACAGCUCACAGAUUCAUAUUUCCCUGAAUCGGACGCAGGGAGGUUCGAGGACUUUGACUGCGAAAGAUCCGGAUUUGGGACAAAAUGGAUGGAUUCGGUAUUCGGUGUUGGAUACCGAGCUGGUAUCGAUUGAUAAGGAAACUGGACGGAUUUUUGUCCCGAAUACGAUCGACUGCAAUAUUGGGUCAGAGAUUAAAUUCCGAGUUCGCGCCGAGGACGGAGGGUCUCCAGCACUUUCUACAGAUUUACAGGUUGUUGCCGAUCUCCUCGACACGGAAUCCAAGCCACCCCAAUUUGAAAAAGCCCUCUGGCAAGUGGAAAUUCCUGAAGAUACCCCAAUUGGCACGUGUUUGGUUAAGGUUGUCGCCAACAAUUCACAAUGUGGUAACUCGAAAAGGAUACGAUAUUCGCUACAAAACCAGGAUGAGCACCUCACUGUCGACACGAUGUCUGGAACGGUUUGCAUCCAGAAAACUUUUGAUUUCGAAAAGCAGAAAAGUUAUCAAACAACGGUUAUAGCUACCAAUGCAAAUUCUGAGACCUCAACGUCUCUAAUUUCAAUCCGGCUAAAAGAUGUCAACGACAAUUGGCCAAUUUUCUACCCAAAUGAGUAUCAUUUAACAGUCCGAGAAGGCCCAAAGCCUGAAGAGCCACUGCUUGUCGUUUCGGCUUCUGAUAUGGAUUCUGGGACUUUUGGAGAAGUUUCCUAUCAUAUUUUAAGCGAAUCCAGCUCGUUUUCUAUUAAUCCAGUUACUGGGGAAGUUUUUGCUCAGAAACCACUUGCACGCGGACGCUUCCACCUAGUGGUCAGUGCAAAAGACGGUGGAGGUCAAAGCUCGGAGAAUUCUGCAAACAUUCAUAUUACCGUUAUUGAUAAGGACACGAAAACCCCUCAAUUCUCAAGAUCCAAGUAUGAAAUCCGAACAACUGAGGAUAUAUUACCGGGAAUCGCAAUUGGAAGUGUUGGUGCAAUGUCAAAAGUGAAAUACUCCAUUUACUCCGGCGAUCAGGACCAUAAUUUCUCCAUCGAUGAAGACACAGGGAAAAUCUAUGUGACAAGAUACCUUGAUGCAGAUGUUCAUGAUACAGUACUCCUCAAUAUUCAGGCAACUUUGCCAAGUGGGGAGUCGAAUCAGACUCAGGUGGUGAUCUUUAUAGAGGAUCAUAACGAUAACCCACCUCAAUUCUCAAGUUCAUUAGUUGAAAUCUCUAUUCGAGAGGACCUAAAGCUCCAUGAGCCGUUCUACGUGGUUCAGGCAAGUGAUAAGGAUAAGAAGAAGAAUGGAGAAGUGAGAUACUCGAUUAUAAGUUCACAUCCGGGAAGUUCCAUAGAAAUCGAUCAAUUCACCGGGCAGCUGAGCACCGGGAGUUUGCUGGAUUACGAGGCCACUCGGAAUUAUAAGCUGAGAGUUAAGGCUACUGAUCUUGGGAUUCCACCGAGAUCUUCUAACAUGACACUGUUCAUUCAUGUCCUUGAUGUUAACGACAAUGCGCCGGAGUUUGAGAAGAGCUGGUACACGAUGGAGGUAUUGGAGAAUUCCCCACCGAAGACUAUUGUGGGGAAGGUGGUCGCCCGUGAUAAGGACUCCCUGGAGAAUGGACAAAUUGUGUAUAGAAUCACAAAUGGUUCGGAGUACUUUGGAAUCGACGAGAAGCUUGGGAACGUGUACACCAAGAGAAGCAUAGAUCGAGAAGUCAUAAGCCAUGUGGACAUUUCCAUUGUCGCCGAGGAUAAGGGGGUCCCGCCACGAUCCUCUACUGCUUCAGCGAGAAUCUCCGUGCUCGACGUCAAUGACAAUCCUCCAUCCUGUCUCUCUAUAACCCCUAUUGUAGUGCCAGCGGGCUCCCCACUGAGCACAGCGAUUGGUACCAUAGUCGCGAUGGAUCCAGACAAGGGGCUCAAUGGAUCGGUUCUCUAUAGAGCGCAACUGCAGAGUAGUCUUUUUGUGGUCAAGUCUAAUGGAGAUGUCUACUUGAGAAGACAGCUCAACGCGUCGGAUGAGAGACAUCAGAGGCUAUCGGUGAUUGUGUCGGAUCAAGGAGUUCCACGGAAAAGUGUGGUGUGUCAUGUGCCAGUGAGAAUAUCAAAGGGCAGUGCGGAUAUUCAAAUUCAAGAGCCCUUCCAAAAAUAUAUAGAAAUCCCGAAGUCUUGUCCAACGGGGUGCCGACUUACAACUCUCAACGCUACUGGAGUGAGCAGCUGGUUAAUCCAGAGCUCGGAAAUCUCGAAUCACUUUGCUAUCCGGGAAGGUGUGCUGUUCAUGAUCUCUCAUCCUAUCCAUCGCCCACCAUAUUCCCUAGUGAUAGUGUUAUCAGAUAAGAAUGAUAGGCAGAAAUCCAUCCAACUGCGGGUUCUUGCAUCAGGGGAAGCUGCCAACAAAGAGGAGACGAUACGAAUCUCGGAUAGCAACUCAAUUGGAACAAAGAUCGGAAGGCUUGGAGAGAAGUCAGCGGAUGGAAGCUUCUUCUACAGGUUUUCUAGUGAAGAAAGCUGCCCGCUAGAAUUGGAUCAGACUGGGGGAUUGCUGUACUUGGCUGAUGGACUUCGGAGAGGAGAUACUCAUAACUUUUCAUGUUUCUUUGAAAAGUUCAAUACUACCGAUGGAAGUGCAGAGGAGAUGAGAGUUGAUUUAGAGAUUUCGCGGACCAAAUCCGACAAGCCUCGCUUUGACACUGGCCAUCUACGAGUCAACAUCAGAGAAGACACCCCCACCGGAAGCAUCAUCACAACUGUCAAUGCGACCGUCUCCGAUGAUUCCGCAUCUCCGAUCAGCUACAGGUUCCCAUUGCUCAUCGAUAACUUCUCAAUCGACCAGUUCACCGGUGACAUUACCCUAAUCGACACCCUUCAUUGGCAUGUCACCCCAACCUACAACCUUAUCGUGGAAGCAUUCACCUCGGGUCCUGGCACGACUCUUCUGGUUACUGUAAACGUGGAUGAUGUCAAUGACCAUACUCCGUUCAUUGUGAGCCAACCUACUGUACUAUUACCAUCCAGCUAUCGAAAAGGAGGCAUGGUGCAUCGAGUAGUGGCUAUUGAUUUGGAUAAGGACCCCGAGAUACGGUAUAGCUUGAAAUACGCCGGAAGUGAGGUGGCAAAGGAGUUCUUCAAGAUUGAUGAGAAAUCUGGAGAGAUAUUUGUGGUGGAGUCGUCCAGUGCACUUUCCACUAGCUUUGGCGGCGCUGGGCUUCCGGAAACUCUGACCAUCCGUGCUACCGAUCUUCAGGAUCUUACUAAAUUCGACGAGCAGAAGGUCUUGCUCAAGGCGUCCAAUGCUUCCAGGUCCACGUGGCACUUCUUCGAUGAACAGCACAAGGAUGUCACAAUCCUUUCAACUAGCCCACAAGGCUCUCAGAUUCUGCAACUCAAAUUCCAAGAGGGUGUCGAUCUUCAGCUUAUCCCUAGCUCCCCACAUUUUGAACUGAAGAGCUCUAAAAUUGUGCAAAAAUCUGCUAGCGUGGCGACUGGCACUCAAAGAUUUACUAUCGUCGCGCAGAAGGAUGACGAGCUGGACUACAGUACUCUGAAGAUACAUGUGGAACCGGUGUUCACGGAACCUCCGAAGAUCUCAUCGACUAGCUGUGGAGUCGUCACUAUUGAGGAAAACGUUGGGAUCGAGGAUUUUAAAAGAAUCUUGGCGACUGGCAUGACUGAAGAAUCAAGGUUCAGAUUCCAAGGUAACGCUCCAAAGUUCUCGAUCAACUCUACCACUGGCUCAAUCUCGGUUCUCCCAUUAGACCGUGAAGCCUCCCAGGAGCACCUACUCAUCAUAAUCCUCACUGACGGCGGGUCCCGCAACGAUUCCUGCACCGUCCGGGUUACUGUAGCUGAUCAGAACGAUAAUAAGCCUCAGCUAGAUGCAUCCACUCCAUCCGAGCUGGAAAUCGCAGAGAGCUCUCGAGUCGGCGACGUGCUCCACCGCUUCCGCGCAUCCGAUAUGGAUAUCGGACAGAAUGGGAAGUUCAGUUUUGAGCUUCUAGAAGAUAGCUCAGGCUCCCUGGAUUUGGUUCCAGAGACAGGAGAUUUGGUAUUGAGAAGGUUGAGCUCGUUGCAAUCCUGGAAGAUCAAGCUCAGGGUGGUAGAUCAUGGGGUUCCAGGGCUUUAUGUGGAGAAAAACCUGGAAAUCUCGAAUCGAAACCCGCAGACUGAGGCGAAAGCCCCCUUAGAAUUUCUGAAGCAAACCUACCUGAGCACCAUCGACGAAGGCUUGCCACGUGGACAAUUUAUAGCUAAGCUGCAACCAGAGCUCGCCGGACUCACCUACAGCAUCGUGGAAGGAAACAUCGACUCGGCGUUCUCAGUCGACUCCGAAGGAGUGAUUCGAACCAAUUUGGAGUUGGAUAGGGAGAUUCUGGAGCGGUACUCGUUGAAAGUUAUCGGCACGGGCUCCGGGCAGCAAAUCGGCACUCGGGUGGACGUGAGGGUGAACAACCUGAAUGACAACGUGCCUUCUUUUCCGAUGAGCAAGCCGCGGAGGGUGCCGGAGAACUUGAGAGUUGGUAGCUAUGUGGCAACUGUCGGAGCAAAGGAUGUGGAUAAUUUGGCGCCUUUGAGAUAUUUUCUGGUUUCGGAUAGCUCUGGUCAAACUCCAACUCAUUUCAAUAUCGAUCAAUUCACCGGAACGAUUCAUCUUACAGCUCCAUUGGACUUUGAGGUGCUCCCCGAGCACACUCUUACUAUCAAAGCAACUGAUGGAUCCUUCGACACCUUCACCAACCUUACCAUCUUUGUCUCGGACAUCAACGACAAUGCUCCAACAUUCUCGAAGCCUCUCUACCAGACCACCGUAUCCCCCGCCACAUUUUCCCCUGGGCAGCCAUUCGCGAAAAUUGAGGCUCACGAUCUAGAUGCUCGCGGAGCACUAACCUACUCGCUGGGUCAGGGGUCUUCGAGCAUUUUCAGAGUUGCACCGGAGAGUGGGGCUCUAUUCAUGAAGGUGUUGCCGCCAGCAGGGGAGAGAUAUUUGGUCACGGUGACUGCUACGGAUAACGGGGUGCCGAGUUUUUCAACGAGUGUGCCUGUCAGUGUGAUUAUCGGAGAGGCAGAGCCGACAGAUAAGCCGGGAUUCGAGAAAGCAGAGUUCAGAUUCGAAGUAAUGGAAAACUCGAAGAUCGGUCUCCAAAUCGGCAAUCUCUCAGGUGAGGAGUCUCGCGAGUUCCACUACCGUAUCCAGGACCCGGAAGCCUCAAAAAUCUUCUCAAUCGAUAAAUUCGGGCGGCUUUUCGUGGCGGGACCCAUCGAUCGGGAGCAGAGAGCAACGCAUGAGUUUCAAGUGGAAAUCGACAAUGAGAUGAUGACAUCACAAAAAGUUCAGUGCAAAUGCCACGUCAUUGUGCUCGACGAGAACGAUAAUUUGCCAGUUUUCACGUCGGUCGCUUACUAUUUAAGUUUGAAGGAUUCAAUGGCUCACGGGCAGAAGAUUGGGCAGAUUAUGGCGAGUGAUCAGGAUUCUGGAGAGAAUGGAAGGGUGUCCUACCGUAUCUUAAGCGGGAAUGACCUGAACAUUGUCACGUUGAAUCCAGACACCGGAUCCAUUCAACUCAACGAAUGGAAUGAUGCUCAACUCGACGAGUUUCCCAACGCCACGUGGCAGAUCCUCGUCGAAGCUCGGGAUCAUGGACAUCCAGCACGGGCAGCAGUUGGAAAAGUUCAGGUGUCGCUGAAAAUGUCCAGUUGGAGUGGAUCGGCGCCGUUCUUUGUACUGCCGGUGUAUGAGGUACAUGUGUUGGAGGAUACUUCGGUUGGUACAGUUCUACAGAAGAUUCGAGCAAGUAAUCGAUUGGGAAUGCGGAAUGAUGGGCUACUGUACUCGCUGAAGGAGCAUCAAGGGAAACUCGGAAUCGAUGUAAAAACUGGAGAGCUCACACUAAAAACCCACCUGGACUGGGAAUCCGAGCCGAUCAUCUCGAUGUACCUCUCGGUGUCCGACGGGAAUGGCCGAUCGGCUGUGGUGCCGCUGAAGAUUGUAGUGGAGCCCGUCGACGAGUUUGCGCCAGUAUUCACCAAAUCGUCGUACACUCUACAGAUUCCAAUAUCCACACCAGCAGGGGAAUCUGUGGGGCAAAUGCAAGCGAUUGACGAGGACGGUGGUGUACAUGGAGUCGUGAAAUACUCGAUUUCGGAUAGACAAAGCACUGUGAAAAUUGAAGAGCAUACUGGAAUUAUCCGUCUCCAAAAGCCCCUGGUAUCCCGUCGUAACCUCACCAUCGAGCAGAUUACUGUAGUAGCCUACAGUAGCCCGACAAAGCAGUCCAAGACUACAGUAUACCUGGAAAUUGGUCCAUUCGAUGUUCAACCAUCACUUCCGAAGCUUCUACUUCACUCGAAACCUGUCCAAAUCGCGGUGGCAUCUUUAAUUCUACUCUUGUUUCUUCUCAUUGUGGUUAUCUGCAUUUGCAUGUGCAAAUCUAGAAGGAAAACUCAGAAUGAGAAGGAGAAAAAGCAUCCGGAUGUGAUUGUCACCGCCGAACGGAGGCCCUCAUCUCAGAAGCCAACGCUUCAGAAACAGGUCUACUCAGUGAAAACCGGAGAAAUCCGAACACUCUCCGACGCCCAACAUCAUCACCAUCAUCCAACUCACUCGAUGACGUCAUCAGUUUCCACGUCAUCAGAUGCUCUUCGAAUGGUUCGAGGCAGCUCGCGGAGCCAAAUGGACUCGGGAAUUGAUCCGGACAACGUAUCAAUCAACUCAUCGGUCACAGAUUAUCUGGUGUCACUCGGAGUGAAUGCAAACCCGAUUCCACCUAGGAUAAGGCCCAAUACGACAUACGACUCGCUGAUGAACGAGUACAUAUACGCACGCGUCGAGGAUGUCCUACCACCCGGACCAAUCAGUCUAACGACCCCAAAUCAACAUUCCCUGCUUCGACAACCACUUUCGACCAGCAGCAGCGUUGCCUCUCGCCGUCCGCCACCAAUCAUUCCAUCGUUUGAGCCCUUGACAGAGAUUUUCAAUGAAAUUGUCGAGAUGCGAAAACAGGAUGGCCGAAAGGAAUAUAUUCAAGUGGAAAUCUAGGCCACCGGUUUUCUAAGCCACCCACGUCGUGUCAGAGUGUCUCAUUGUUUUUUGAUCUACGUAGAUCUUCUAAAAACGCGGGAGAAGAGACCCAGACUGCUCAACUCAGUUUGCAAGGCUAAGAAAGUUCACAUAAUUUUGGGGAAAAAAUUCCCGCAUUUUUGUAGAUCAAACCUUAAUGGGACAUCCUGGCACCACGUGGCCACCUAAUUAUAAUCUCAAAAAUACUUCAUUCAAUACGGUUUUUUAUCUUCAAAAGUCCCCCCACAACUCAGGUCGACGAGCUUUUCUGUAUGUUUUUCUUGCCUUUUCAGUGUAUUUACUUGCAUUUUUUUGUUUAGUUUUUUUAUUAUUAUUUUCAUUUUAAUGGUGCUAAGUGUGAAAUAAAUUCGCUUAAUACUGAA